GCGCUGAGAGGGACGGGGGGAGGUAAACAAGAUGGCGGCUACCUGGAAGCAGCUGCAGCAUUAGGAGCUGAGCAGAGGAGAUAUAUGACUGCGGUGACAGCACGAAGGAGGCAGGAGAACCGGAGUACAUUCAUUAUUUGCUCUUAUUAGUAUUACCGCACAAGGUUUUUUUGCUUUCUUGCACCAGGAUUUGCAGUGCUGGAGGGAGAGGAUAAAGAAUUUCUUUUAUUAACCUGGAUCUACUUGAUUUAGUGUGAAGAUGUAUCACUGUAUGAUCGACUUGAUGCUCUAGAGAACGUUGUGUUGUGUGACAGGAAAAGCCUGUCUACCCAAGACGGACAGCUUCUCGUUUUUUAAAGUGAUUUGUUUUGUACUGGACAUGUUGUCAGAGAUGGGUAGGGGUCCAGUCAUUCCAAAUGUAGGCUAAUGUCUGGCAUUAAUUGGACAACGUGUUUUGGAUACAAAAGGCCAGUGCUCAGUAAAGCCUGGUGAUUUUUUUUAUUUUUUUUUCCCUUUCCCUUGGUUCCUUUUUAUUUUUUUAUUUUUAUUUUAUUUGCACUGGACCUUUGUCCCUUUACCCUGCACGAGUUAUUGUUACCCUGAUGUUUACAUCCCUGUUGUACCUGAGCCCACCUAAGAGAAGCACCUUUGUUGCAGUAUCAAUCAAGUAUCAAUUAGUUCAAAUGCUGCGCUAAUAGGGUUUUCAUUUCCAAGCCAAUCAGAAUUGCAGAGCACAUCUCCUGGUAGCGCUUAAGGAGUAAGCGAAGGAAAGGAAAGGCAGACUGCAGAAGAAGAUGAGUGUCGGGGAGCUUCAGCAUGCGGGCUACAUGACAGAGAACGAGCUCAUGGGCAUGGACACUUUUAUCCACCGCAUUGACUCCACAGAGGUGAUCUACCAGCCGCGGCGCAAGCGUGCCAAGCUGAUCGGGAAGUACCUGAUGGGCGACCUGCUAGGCGAGGGAUCUUACGGCAAGGUGAAGGAGAUGCUGGACUCUGAGACGCUGUGUCGGCGAGCUGUCAAGAUCCUCAAGAAAAAGAAGCUGAGGAGAAUCCCUAAUGGAGAGGCCAAUGUGAAAAAGGAAAUUCAGCUGCUAAGAAGACUACAGCAUAAAAAUGUGAUCCAGUUGGUGGAUGUGUUGUAUAAUGAAGAGAAGCAGAAAAUGUAUAUGGUAAUGGAGUACUGCGUUUGUGGCAUGCAGGAGAUGUUGGAUAGUGUUCCUGAGAAAAGGUUUCCAGUAUUUCAAGCUCACGGGUACUUUUGCCAACUUUUGGAUGGCCUUGAAUAUUUGCACAGCCAGGGAAUCGUUCACAAAGACAUUAAACCAGGGAAUUUGCUGCUGACUACAGAUGGGGCUUUAAAGAUCUCUGACUUGGGCGUAGCAGAGGCUCUCCACCCAUUCGCGGAGGAUGACACAUGUCGAACGAGUCAGGGCUCGCCAGCUUUCCAGCCACCUGAGAUCGCCAACGGCUUGGACACCUUUUCAGGGUUUAAAGUGGACAUAUGGUCAGCUGGGGUCACACUAUACAACAUAACGACGAGCCUGUAUCCGUUCGAGGGGGAUAACAUCUAUAAGCUCUUUGAGAACAUUGGGAAGGGGGAUUACACAAUUCCAGAGGAGUGUGGGCCGCUGCUGACUGACCUGUUGCAAGGAAUGCUUGAAUACGAUCCAGUAAAGAGGUUCUCAAUACAGCAAAUUAGGCAACACAACUGGGUGAGGAAGAAACACCCACCUUCGGAGGACCCCGUGCCUAUCCCACCCAGCGCUGAGACCCGUGACAUUUGGAGGAGCAUGACUGUGGUGCCCUACCUGGAGGAUCUCCAUGGUUACGGUGAAGAGGAGGAAGACGACGAGAUGUUUGACGGCGAGGACGACAUAAUUUAUACUCAGGAUUUUACAGUGCCAGGUCAAGUAGAAGAGGAGUUGGAGGAGGAGGAGGAAGAAGAGCAGGAGGAAGAGUGUGGCGCAAAGCGAAGCCGCGCCCCAGUCAAACCGGUUUGUGUGAACGGGACAGAACCGGCAGCACUGAAGCCGAAAUCAGACCGGCGCUCCAGCUCCUCGUCCAACCCCUCCCGCAAGGGCAUGUCCACAGCCAGCAAGAUUCGCAAACUCUCCACCUGCAAACAGCAAUGACCACACACCACACAACCCCCACCCCACCCCACCCCACCCUGCAAAUCUGCCCCAACCUCCCCCCUCUCUCUUUCUUUCUCUCUCUGUACAGGUGAGCGCAGAACGGGGGAUUUGCUCUUUGACUUUUUGUUUUUAUCAGAUGUAGAACGUGUCCGAAUAAAAAUUCUUCAUGUACCCGUUUGUUUGUUCGGCUUUUCGUUCAUAAAACAAUACGCUUUAGUCGUGUUGCAUUUCCCAAUUUAAGAGCAAGGGGAAAGCAGAUCAUGUGCCAGGACUCUCUUUAAAAGUUUCAAUUAAAAAAUAAGAAAAAAACAACAGUAUCCGGAAUUAGAUUGUGCUUUUAUUGUAUACAGUUACUUAAAGAAUCAUUAUUUACGUUAGCGAGCCAAUUUUCUACCCAACUGUUAGCUCACUGAAUUACACAAUCUAUCUGACUAAGUUCAGUUAAAUAACUUAUUGUGAAAUAAUUUAUACUCGUAUUCCAAACUGUUUAAUUGGUGCUUCUGGUGGAGCCGCCAGUCAAUCAGUGCAUAUGCAGCAGAAGUUUGCUCCCCAUAUGAACCUUGAUUCAUUUUUAUUUUUUUUCAAGGAGCCGACACCAUCUAUAGUGACUCAUUUUUGUAUGUUUGUGACUGAACUCAUCACAUUGCUGGCGGUGAGGUGGUGAACGUCCUGCUGUUACACUCGCCUGUUCAUGCUACAUGUCCUUUCCUAUAAACCUAGCCGGUUGCCGUCGGGAUGCCAACACAAAUGCCCCUGCAUGUGUGCAUCUGUACACUGAUAAGCCAGCAAGAGAAAGUGUUUAAUAGAUGAAGCCAGCCAGAGGAGGUGGG